UAUUAUUGAUUUACGUAGUUUCCGGUCUAGUUGAUGUCGAUGUGUGACACAUGCAUUAGUGUGAGUGUGACAUCCAAGUUCCUUGACCGGUGUUGGUUCAUUUUGAUAUUUACCUUAUUGAUUUUAUAGUAAAAACAAUAAAUAGAACUUUGUCAAAAUGGUAAGAGGCGGACGUGGUGGAAUGAUAAGAGGUGGACGAGGAGGAAUGGGCCGUGGAAUAGGUUUCCCAAGAAAACAAUUUUUACCUCGUCAUCCAUUUGAUCUUACUCUCUGCGAAGCAGCAUUUAAUCGUGUCAAACCUGCUCCAGAUGAAGCAGAUUUCACUUCGGCUCUUCUUAAAAAAUCAACUGAUAUGAGCCCAACACAAAAAGAACAGACGUCAAUUUUAAAUCUUGUCACUAAAUUGCAAAGUGUUUUAGAUAAUUUAAUCGUUGCACCAGGCACUUUUGAAGCUUGUCAAUUAGAGGAGGUGCGACAAGUUGGAAGUUUCAAAAUGGGAACAAUGAUUAAAGGACACAAUAUAGCGGAUAUUGUUGUUAUUCUAAAAACACUGCCAACAAAAACAGCUGUCGAAGCACUUGGAACCAAAGUUCAAGUUGAUCUCAAAACUGGAAAUCCAAAGGAAAAUUUCCGAUUAACACAAACCGAAAGGGGUUUUGAUAUUGCAACCAAUGAAGCCACUGUUAGAGUAUUGAUCACAACUCUUCAUCAAAAUUUGAGAAAAUUGGAAUCUGAUCAGCAUCUUGAUAUUAAAAUUUGCCAAGGUCAUUUGGCAGCUAUCAGGCAUUCUCGCUGGUUCGAAGAAAAUGCUCAUCAUUCAAGUAUCAAAGUUUUGAUUCGUUUGCUAAGAGAUUUACGAUCACGAUUCGAAGGUUUAGAACCUCUUUCACCGUGGAUGUUAAAUUUAUUAGCCCAUAAUGCUAUUAUGAAUAAUCCCAGCAGACAGGCACUGCCAAUUAAUCAGGCUUAUCGUCGAGUUCUUCAACUUCUUGCAUCGGGUCUAUUUCUACCAGGAUCCGCUGGAAUUUCCGAUCCUUGCGAAGGAGGAAAUAUUCGAGUUCACACAGCAAUGUCCCUUGAACAACAGGAUCUCGUUUGUUUGACUGCUCAAACUCUUCUUCGUGUUCUUGCUCACGGUGGUUAUCGACCAUUGCUCGAAGGUUCAAAUAAAUUAGCCGUGGAAAUGAGUGUUUGGGCUGGUGGCGUAGUUGCGAGUCCCCUUGAGAAAGCCUAUGAACCACCAACAGAACAGGAACAACAAGAGGAUAUGGAGGAAUCUAAUGAGGAAAUGAUCACUGGAUAAGAAUGUUUAGUUCAAUGUUCUUGGAUUUCUGAAUCAUUAAAGAAAUUAAAUUCAUAUUUAAUUUUACUUGUCAAAAAAUAGAAUAUUCAGAAUUUCGAGUACAUUUAAUAGUUUUUUUUUUAUAAAUGUAUACUAAACGAGUGAAUGAUUUUGUGUCGUAAAUCUUUAUUAUAAAUUAGAAUUCAUUGACAAAUAAAUUUGACAGUGGCGUGAUUGA